GAGAGGGAAGAGCUUAUUUUGCCCCACAGCCCGAUGUAUGGCUAGAUCCCACACAAGGUUCCAGUUGAGCAAAGCCUCCGGUGAUAUUUCUCCAGGACUGCUUUUACCAAGGGGUCAACCCUGAGAGCCUCAUCUGCGGUAACCAUAUAGCAAGAAGAUGACUUACGAUCUACACAACUCGUCGUACGAAUUCUACAACGGCACGCCGUGGUUUGUCUACGACUGCACCAUCCACUUAGACGAGGAUGGCCGACGGAUCGCUCUUUUCCUCCUGUACCUAGUGCUCUUCAUGGUAGGCUUGGCCGAAAACACCCUGGUGGUGUGGGUGAACUGGCGAAGGCGGCAUUCGGCAAACGGUGUGCUGUUCUGCGUGAUCAACGUGAGCUUGUCCGACUUAAUGGUGAUCUUCACCAUGCCCUUCUUCAUGCUGGAGGUGACCAUGGACAAGGUCUGGCUGUGGGGCCGCUUCCUUUGCAAGGUGACGCACCUUGUAUACGUCAUAAACUUCUACAGUAGCUCCUUCUUCCUGGCCUUCAUGACCUUGGAGCGUUACCUGUCCCUGACGCGGCCAACCAAGCCCGCCUGCUUCCCGACGCAGCAUAAACGCCGCUGGUUUCUCUGCGCCGGGAUCUGGCUUCUGUCGCUUGUCCUGGCCUUGCUAGAAAACGUCCAUGUUGACUUGUUGGAGUGGGACGAGCCAGGCUGCUACAUGGUUCCGGAGCAGUACUACACGGAGUGGUUCGUAUCGGUUUCCUUCCUCUGCCUGAUAUUUCAGUUCCUGGGUCCAGCGUCCGUCAUCAUCACCUGCAACGUCCUGAUCGCCCGAGCCGUCCGAACAACCCCGGACGUUCAGAAUCGCCGGGAGGUGUGGUUGGUGCACGUGUACUCGCUGGUUUUUGUGGCUUGCUGGCUACCGUACCAUUUGGUGUUGUUCUUGUUGACAGUGGACGACCUGGACCCGCACCUGUUCUCAUGCAACACGGUCGGGGUGCUGUACUUCUCGUUUAGCCUUGUGCAAUGCUUGUCGCUCUUUCACUGCAUCGCCAACCCAAUCCUCUACAACUUCCUCAGUAAGAGCUUCCGCAACAAUCUAAUAAACGCAGUGAUCAGCCGCAUCUCUUCACCGCAAACCAGCGCGCCAACUAACGCAGUAGCCGACAAAGCAGGGACAACGGCGGCAAAAGAACGGAAGCUCAGUAAUGCCAGCACGAGUCAUUCCGACAUUGGCGCAUAAGACGGGAAACUCCUAAAUGACGAUUUGGUCAUUAACGUGCUACAAAAGAAUUGGUCUUGUUGAGGGGGUUGUUUUUGGUCAGUCGCCUGGUAACUAGCCAUAUUGUCUCCUGUUUUUCUCACCUCACUAUUGUUAACAGUGCAAGGAAGGAAAUAUUGUCAACCUUUCGCAACCUUCAUUUCCACCAGUUCCUAUUGUCACAUCUAGGAACUCCUAGAUAAGUAAUAAAAGUUUUGUCCACAUGCCAGCGUUUGUACAAAGACUGUUUUGAUUGUUCUGCUCAACAAAAACAUUCACUUAGCUGUCCAUAUGCUCGCAACACCUAGAGCUGUUUUAAUGGCUUUUGAGCUCAGCAACUUGCUUGUACAUAUUGUUAUAGAUGUGAUGUCAUUAAAAAAAUUGAAUAAAAGUUUGUACGUUGUUUGAGUGAAGGGGCACUUCUUUGAAGAACGGUGUCUCCAAGAUUAUUUUUCACUACAGAAUUAUUUGUUGAAUAUAAAUACACUCUAUUUAACAUUUAACAAGUGGUGAUGUUGUGUUGAAAUUGGAAUUUUACUAUUAAAAAGACAAGAAUCUCUAACGA